AUGGCGAUAAAAACAGUUCUAGACACGAUUGGGAAUACCGCCCUGUUGGAAUUGCGUCACGUUGCGCCGUCGAAUGGGUCUCGAGUGUUUGUAAAACUAGAAAGCCAGAACCCCACCGGAAGUAUGAAAGAUAGAAUGGCCUUGGCCAUGAUCGAGGCUGCAGAGGCUGACGGGCGAUUGAAGCCUAGCGGCGCAGUGGUCGAGUACACCGGUGGGAGUACUGGCGUGUCGUUGGCAUUGAUCUGCACUGCCAAAAAGCACCCCCUUCAUCUCGUUACUUCUGAUGCCUUCUCUAAAGAGAAGCUUGAUCAUAUGAGGCUCCUCGGAGCCAAUUUGACAAUUUUGCCCAGUGAGAAUGGUAAGCAGACGGAAAAGCUCACCAAAGACAUGAUUCGUGAGGCCCAUGCCAUCGCUGAGAAAACCGGCGCUUUUAUCACUGCUCAGAUGGACAACACAGACCAGCUUGAGGCAUAUGUCAAGCUUGCAGAUGAGAUCUGGGAGCAAACCGGGGGUCAAAUCGACGCGUUCGUACAAAGUGUAGGCUCAUCCGCAUCAUUCCGCGGGACUUCGGAAAUCCUCCGUCAACGGAACAAUCGCAUCAUUUGCGUUGCAGUUGAACCUGCUGAAUCGGCGGUGCUGUCUGGGGGUCCUUCCGGAUCACACAAGAUCGAUGGCACUGGUGCAGGCUAUGUGGUGCCCCUGUGGUACGAUGGUUUAGCUGAUCAAAUCGACCGCGUGUCGACGGAAGAUGCGAGAACAAUGGCUUUUCGGUUGGCAAGAGAGGAGGGUAUUUUCUGCGGCACAUCUACUGGAGCUAAUGUGACCGCUGCGCUCCGCCUGGCAGAGCGUAUGGAACCACAUUCAACUAUUGUGACUAUGAUGUGCGACACGGGUAUGAAAUAUUUGCAGUCUUUCUCUCAAGACCUCAACUAG